CUUAUCAGAGGGACUGCCGGAUCGUGAGAGUCGGCGACCUCGUCCGUUCUUGCCCACUUGACAAAGCCCCUACUCUUCUCUCCUUCUUUGCUUUGUGAUUUCGUUUCUUCGUAGCCCUUCUCCGGGGUAAACUUUCUCGCCCACAAUGGGUGUCCGGUCUUUUGUCAAGCACUCAGCCCUGCUCGCCCUUGCGGUUGCAAGCAGCAAUGGCAUUCGAAUUAUACAAUCCAACGACGAUGGCUGGGCAGAAUUGAACAUACGCGAGUUCCAUGACAUGCUCAUCGAUGCAGGCCAUGAUGCCGUCGUGUCGGCGCCGGCCGAGAACAUGUCCGGCAAAGGCUCCAGCGAUGAGGACCCGAAGCCUCGUACCGAGGCCUGCCAGUACGACAGCUGCCCAGCGGGCACCAACACGACGGUCGGCAGCAACGCGACAGACCCGACGCUGAACUGGGUCAACUCGUUCCCUGCGACGUCGAUGCGCCUGGGUCUCAGCGAGACCGGCCCGGGCGUGUGGGGCGAAGGACAGAAGGCCGAGCUUGCCGUGACGGGGCCCAAUGUGGGUUCGAAUCUGGUCGUCCAGGUACCAUUUUCAGGGACUGUGGGGUCCGCUUGUUACGCGGCACAUGAGGCCGGCGUCCCAGCCAUUGCCUUCAGCGGGCUGAGCAACUCGAGCCUGGGACUCUUGGGCGGCAACGCGGCGUGGGACGCGAGCCCAGCCCCGGGAAGCAGCGCCGUGUUCGCGGAGCUCGCGCUCAACCUCACCACGCGCAUCAUCGGCUCCGGCGCCCCUUACCUGCCUGCCGACACGUUCCUGAACGUGAACAUGAUGGCGCCCAUCGGGGAGUGCGCCGACCCCGCCGCGUACAAGUGGGUGCUCACCCGUAUCAACCCGAGCACGCCGCUGCUCUCGUCGGCGGACGUGAAGCUGUGCGACCGCGAAACGCUGCCUCAGGAGACGGAGGUGGUGCACGCCUCGAGCGGGUGCUUCGUCAGCGUCAGCGUUGGCGACUGCAGUGACAAGACCACGGCGGCGGCGGACGUGCAGCAAGCUGUCGUCGAUAAGAUCGGAGACAUGCUGUCGUGUUUCUAAGGGCUCGGACUGUUUCCACUUGCUGAGAUACCCGAUUCAUCGGUUCGCCUGGCGUGCAUCUUCACUUCUCAUGUAGCUAUAUGUAUUAUUCUCGACUUG